UCAAAACAGUAGUAACUUUGAAUUUUCUCAAUCAUACAUAAAAUUUUCACAUUCUCAUGCAGACCUUUUCCAUCAAAAAUAGUUGGUGAGCAUGUUCAACGAUAUGGCUUCAGAAAGUAUUAGUCAUACAGUUACUAUACUAUUCUUACUGUUCAUGUUCUUGGCACCAUUCAAAUCCAAAGCCCAAGGUACUACUACUCUUCCAUGGUAUGAGGGUUAACUAGAUCUCCCUUUUCUUAUUCUUGUGAGUAGUGAAGGUUUCAUCAUCUUUAAAUUAUUAUAAAGAAAUAGCCAGACAAUUUGAACAAGAAAGACUGGAAUAAUUUCAGUGACCCUUGUAGUAAUAAAACCACUACUGAUAUCCCACAUACAGGUCAGUACAGCAGUGUUAUAUAAUCUGCAAUUGCUCCAUCUCUGCUAAUUACUUUUACAUGACAUGAUUCUUGAUGGUGAGCUUCCAUCAUCACUAUGGAACUUUUGCAGUGAUGCAGCUGGAAUUUCAGGGAACAUCUUUGCUUUUGGGUUAUUUGUGUCACCAAUACCAACAUUUAGAAGAAUCAUGAGAAACCAGUCAACAGAACAAUUCUCAGGAUUGCCUUACAUAUACUCAUUUCUAAACUGUUUGAUAUGUCUUUGGUAUGGCUCACCACUUGUGUCACCUGGUGUCAUAUUGGUUGCUACUGUCAAUUCAAUUGGGGCAGUUUUUCAGUUCAUAUACAUAACCAUUUUCAUUCUUUAUGCUGAAAGAUCCAAAAAGCUAAAGAUGACUGGAUUACUACUCGCGGUUAUCGCCAUAUUCGCGGUUGUAGCUUUUGUUAGUAUAAAAGUACUAGACAUGAGUGCCAGACAAACCUUUGUAGGGUUCUUGAGUGUUGCUUCACUCAUUUCCAUGUUUGCUUCACCAUUGUUUAUCAUUAAACUAGUGAUCAAAACAAAGAGUGUUGAGUUCAUGCCAUUCUAUCUCUCUUUGUCAACUUUCUUGAUGAGUCUCUCUUUCUCUGCAUAUGGAUUUUCCAAAUAUGAUCCUUUCAUAUAUGUUCCAAAUGUCAUUGGAACAAUCUUGGGGGUUGUUCAAUUGGCCUUAUACUACUACAUUAGUAGAACAUCAAGAGAAGACUCAAGAGAACCAUUGAUCAACACAUAUGUAGUUUGACUUGAGUGUCAAUACUAAAUGCCUUUUUUUUUUUGUAUAGUUGAAAGAGAAGUUAGGAAAAAAAAAAGUGUUUAUACAAAGUACAAAGGAAUUGAUUUUUGAAUAAUGAUAUGUGCACCCAAAAUAUGCACUUAAACAUUACACACAGUAACGUGGCAGAUUAGCUUAGCCAAUCAUAUUUAUUAAAACUGGGACCCACUGUUUUAAAAAACACUGUCACAUCACUCUGUGUAAUGUUUGGGUGCAAACUUUGGGUGCACAUAUCAUUAUUCUUGAAUUUUGUAGGGUUUAAAUGUCAUCUUAAUUUGUUUGUAAAACAUGGUUUGGAGUUGAGUGGUUAAAUGUCCAAAGCUUGUUUUGGGUAUAUAUUCAAUCUAUUUUUGGUAAGAUUUUUUUUA